CCACUACACCAGAAAUUUUGAGAAACAUAAGUACUAUCUCUCAUUCUUGAUUACUGUUUAUCAGUUAUCCGCUAAUAACAAUAACACACCAGCUACUGUGCUGUUUAAGAUGCAUAAAUAUAAAUUCGUCUUCGUAUCGAUUGAAUUUGUUUAUUUGACCACAUUUGACCAUGAGUCAUCUCAAAACUUGUGCACAUUUCAAACAAUAACUAAUCUUGCAGUUGAUACUGAGCAUUUGUGAAUAUGGUCGCUGUCACUGUCGAUGGAAUGACGACGGAUUUACCGAGAAAUUCGUCCGAUCUUUACGAACCUCGCGAUGAAAUUCCCUACCAUCGAAUUUUCAUCGAGUUGUUCACCAUCGUGGCUUUGGUGUCUCUAGCGGCCAAUUCCUUCCUUAUUUUUGUCAUUUUCAAGUACAAGAAGUUGCGAAAAGAGACAACGAAUAAGAUCUUCCUCCAUUUGAAUAUCCUGCAAGCUCUAUUUUGGAUUGCGACACCGCUGACUUUACAACUGGGCUACGAGUUUGAGUGGAGUUUUUCGGUGGAGUUGGGAGUGUUUUGUACCCUUUACCAAAUUGAACUGAAUGCCGCGUUUGCCGUAACAGGCAUUCUGUUUGUUCUAGUCUGUGAUAGUUUCCUCAGCAUUUAUUGCAAAGAAAAGUAUAAAACGUUUGGUCGGUUUUAUAAAUAUUUUCUAAUAGGCGUUUAUGUUUUAACUGUGUGCACUUCACUGGCCACAAUACAAUAUUGUUUCCUCUUACAUUACAUGAUUUUGUAUACUUAUCACGUCAUGAUCGUUGCUACACUCAUUUUUGUCGUGUUUUUAAUUAUUAUUAAUAUAGUACAUGCGGUUAAGAAACGAAAAUUAACAAAUUAUCACUCGAGCAAUAUUGGAUUAGCUGUGCCAAAUAUUUUUUUCCUUUUGUGGAGCCCUUUUCUCAUAUUUUUAUUGAUAGGUUUUCUAGCUGGUCUGGGGGAGCCUAUUACGGCCAUUGUUUUGUGUUCUUUAGGUUUUUCAAGUCCUGUGUUUAAUUUAAUUUACGUUUACUUUUACGAUAAUAAUUUUAAUGUGUUUUUGAGGCAAGUUUUCACGUGCAGGUGUAAAGAAUAUAAAAAUGAAAAUUUGGAAGACCAGUCUGUCGCAUACAACGGUGUGGAAGGGGUCCAAAUUAGCCAAAACGAAAUUUAAUGCUACAUAAGUAUUUUUUUGUAUGUUUUCGUUUAAUAAAACUGUUACACAACUCGA